AUUACAUAUAUUUCAAUUUCAGGGCCCAAGGUUUGAAUAUGGACCCUCGAACCAGUGCCCAGGAUGUGAUGCGAUGCGACCUGUGCGAGACCGCUGUGGUACAGAUGCACUGUGAUACAUGUCUUGUCAACCUGUGUACAGCUUGUGUAGGAAAACAUAUGAUAUCUGAUCAAUCUAUUAAUCACAAAGUUGUCACUUUUCAAGCCAGAAAAUCCACUCCCAUCUACCCUCUAUGUACAACUCAUAAAAAAGAACGAUGUAAAAUGUAUUGUAAAAAAUGUGAUAUUCCUCUCUGCACUAAGUGCCUUGUAUCUGAUCAACAUUUAGGUCACAGAUUAUCAGAAAUGUUACAAAUCCUGGAUGAAAAAAGGGACAGCAUCAUCCAAGAACAAACUGAAUUAAAGGAAACAGUUUAUCCAACCUACCAGGACAUUGCCUCUGAUGUACAAAACAGAAUGAGUCAGUUAGAAAGAGAAUAUGGAGAUCUCUCAACAGUUAUAACAAAACAUGGAGAGGACUGGCACAGAGAAAUUGACAAACUUGUCAAGAAACUUCAAGCUGAAGUUGAUGAGAUGAAAAACACACAGUUACAAACUCUACAGAAACAUCUGGAUGAAAUAAACAAGACAAUAUCUGACAUCAAGGAUGAAAUCAAUUCACUUGAGAAUGCUGUAGCCUCUGAAGACAUUUGCAAAGUCUAUAGUGUUAAAUCUGACAUAGAAAAAUAUAGAAAGGUACCACAAAAAAUUACACCAUCUUUACCGAACUUUACACCAGGAAAAAUCCAAGGAGGAGAGCUUUGUAAACUAUUUGGAGUCUUAUCAUCAAGUUCUUUAACAUCAGAUAAACACGGCAACAGCAUGAAGACAACACAGAAAUCACCAGAAGCUGGAUCCUCUCCUCCAGUCAAACAACUGCUUGAUGAACCAGAGACUGUCACCACCAUACACUUUGGGUAUGAAUGGCUAUACAAUGUGGCCUGUCUGAGUGAUGAAGAAAUCUGGACAAGUGGAGAUGACAGCACCAUGAAACUCUACAGCAUCAAUCAGGGAUCACUACUCAAGUCAAUCACAACCAAGUCAGGGAACAUACCACGGAACACAGCAGUGACAGAAAGUGGAGAUCUAGUUUAUACUGAUUACUGGGAUAGAACAGUGAACAUUGUGAAGAAUGAGAAGAUAGAGGAGGUGAUCAGACUACAGAACUGGAAACCUCAAGGUGUCUGUAGUACCUCCUCUGGUGACCUCCUGGUUAUCAUGGACAGUAAUGAUAACAAACAAUCAAAAGUUGUCCGUUACUCUGGCUCCACAGAGAAACAAACCAUUCAGUUUGAUGAUAAAGGUAAACCUCUUUAUUCACCUACUAGUUCUUAUUAUCUAAGAAACAUAACUGAGAACAAAAACCUGGAUAUCUGUGUGUCUGACAGUAAAGCUGGAGCAGUAGUGGUGGUCAAUCAGGCUGGGAAACUGAGAUUCAGGUACACUGGACAUACUCCUGCUCUAAAGAACAAACCAUUCAAUCCACGAGGAAUCACCACAGACAGUCAGAGUCACAUCCUUACAGCUGAUGUUAACAAUGACUGUGUCCACAUCAUAGACCAGGAUGGACAGUUCCUCUGUUACAUAGAUUGUGCACUGAGUGUACCCUGGGGACUGUGUACAGAUACAAAUGACAAUGUGUUUGUUGCGCAAUUAAGAAACAAACAAGUGAAGGAAAUCAAAUACCUACAGUGAAGUCAUAAUUAAAGAAUUCACAGAAGAAUAAAACAAGUCAAAAUAUAAAUUUAUCGUAUACACUCUACACAUCAUAGACUGUAGACUGAGUGAACCCCAUGGACUGUGUAAAUGCAAAUACAAAUGACAAUCUGUUUGUUGCUCAAUAGGGAAACAGACAAGAGAAAAAAACAAAUAGCUGCAAUAAAAUCCAUCACAAAUGUAGAUAACUACAGUAAACAAGAUUUACCUCUUGAAAUUUAUAACAAUUAAUAAUGUACUUUAUGUACAAUUCUCCUCGAUCAUGUCAAUAGAAAAA